AUGGAAAAAAAGAAACUAAAGGGAUAUAAACUAGCUACCUUAGGAAAAGAAGUAGAUUUGCGUCAUUUACCAACAGCAUACAGCAUAUCACAUCCACUACAAUUAGGAUUAUGUGACUAUUAUACACUUAUGCGGGAUGAUUUAGAUGAUGAAAUUGGUGAAGAUAGGGAAGAAGAGACAGAGGAGACAGAAUGUGAACAGACAGAUAUAUCUGUUGCAUUGGCAAUAGCAAUUAAUGAUAUAAAUUCCUG